AUGGAAGGAGAACGCCAAGAUGAUGCUGCAACAACGCCGCCGUGCUACAUGGGCGCUCUUCCACCAACCCGUCCCUCAACAGGCGAGAAGGCAUCGAUUAAUCCGAUCUUGGAGGCGGUUGACCGAUACAAGAGAGGCCAAUUCGUCCCCGGCGGCCGCUUACUGAAGUUUCACAUUAGUGAGCUCGAAUAUCAAGAAUUGGAGGAAAAGCUUUCUGAAGACCUGUUCUUCAAGGCUAAGAUCUCGCGCGACUACUUUCCUUCACUACGCCUCUUCGUCCUUCGAAUGCCGUCGGAUAUUCACGAACGCUUCCUUGUGAGGCUUCACGAUGAAACUCGACACCAACUGCGGAACCUCGAGGGACCCUCGUCAAGCUUUGCUCAGGAGAUUGAAUUCAUUGCCUCAACACACCUUCAAUCCCACAAGAAAAGGGUUUGGGUGACGGAGGUCGCAUAUUCACAAGACAACAAAAAACUACCACAUCUAGCGGACGAGUACAUCCUGGGCUCGAAUUUGCGCGUUCGUGCCUUGCUUGGCUUCGAUAUCCAGUACCAGAGAAAGAAGGCCUUGGUUUCGGUCUGGCGUCCACAUGCGGUGCAAGGAGAUGACAGGGAGGUGUGGGCCACUGCGGCUGAGACCCAGGUGUUUCGAGACGACAACGGAGAGCCAAAUCUUGAUACACAUGCUGGAUUACGUGUCAGCCUACGAGACUUUGCGAGUGUCGAGUUUUGCAAGAAGUUCGAGAACCUGAAGGGGUCAAUUUUUAUUUCAUGCGCCACUCUCUGCACCUUCCUAAACGAAGCCGAGGCCAAGAUUGAUGACGAGUCAGAGUCAGAGCCUGACCUCGAACUCGAGGUUCAUGCCUCAUCAUCGGAAGAGGAACUCAACACCGACGACGAGAGAGAUAUGGUUCGGGCAGAGAAACAUGCGGAGGAGAACGCUGGCCGAGCCGAUCCGUCUUUCAAAUAG